AUGGGUGGCGGCAGCGGACAGACCAAUGCACCUUGCGGCGAUAUCUACAUUAGGGAGGGUGUUGUUGCCGUCCACCACGAUAACAACCUGUGUUGUGUCGAUUUUAGAUUCUUUGGUGACGAAUUGGACUACAUCCCGCUGAAGGUUCUUUGUCAUGUCAUGUAUGUAGUUCCACCGACCUCAUGUUGGAUCGGAGUGUUUUCUACAGGAUUCUUGUGGCGAAUUCUUGAAGAAAAAAAAUCAUUCUUCAAGAUGAUGUUUUUCAAGCUCUGA